CACUGUUCAAGCCAAUCCGAGUCAAGAUGUCCAUCCGAACUUCGAACCGUACGAACGCUUCGAACGAUUCCAAGCACGGUGAUUCCUAACGUUCCAAGCGUAGUGAAAUGACCGCAGCCGUCUUCGAAGUGUCGCGCUAAAUCAAAAGAGAGAAUUCAUCGGGGGUCAUGUCGAUCCUGAUGAUGGAGCCCUUCUACGGCGGCUCGCACAAGCAGCUGGCGGACCUUCUGGCGAGCGAGCUGAAGGAUGAGUGCACGCUGGUCACCAUGCCGGCCUGCAAGUGGCACUGGCGGGCACGCACCUCGGCGAUCUGGCUCGCGCAGAACGUGCCGCCCUCGGACAGCUACAGGGUGCUGUUUGCCAGCAGUGUGGUGCCUCUGGCCGAACUGCUGGGGCUGUGCCCCUGGCUACAGACACUACACAAAGUGGUCUACUUUCAUGAGAACCAGCUGGCCUAUCCCGUGCGCAACCCCCGUGUCAGGGACUUCCAGUACGGCUACAACCAAAUCCUCUCCUGCCUAGUGGCGGACCGGGUGGUGUUCAACUCGCGCCACAACCUGGAGUCGUUCCUCGGAGCAGUGGGCCCCUUCCUGAGGCAGAUGCCCGACUGCCGGCCGCCGCCUGGGACGCUGUCCCAGCGCAUCCGGGCCAAGGCCUCGGUGCUCUACUUCCCCCUGAACCUGCCAGCACCCAGGGCACUGGCACCCGAGUUUCCAGACAUCCUGCACAUAGUGUGGCCCCACCGAUGGGAGCACGACAAGGGCCCGGAGGAGUUCUUUGAAGCCCUGUUCCAGCUCAAGGCAGAGGGGCUCCCCUUCCGAGUGUCCGUUUUGGGAGAGGGCUACGCGGAUGUUCCAGAGGUGUUCUCGAGGGCCCGGGCCGAGCUGGAGGAGCACAUCCUGCAGUGGGGCCGGCUGGACAGCAGGGAGGCCUACCUGGGCCUGCUGGCCAAGGCACACGUGGCCGUCUCCACAGCCAGGCACGAGUUCUUUGGAGUGGCCAUGCUGGAGGCCACCUUCCUGGGCUGCUUCCCGCUGUGCCCCAACAGGCUGGUCUACCCAGAGAUCUUCCCGAGGGAGUGCCUCUACAACACCACCAACCAGCUCGUGAAGAAGCUGAGGAACUUUUGCGGAAAGCCGUCGGCCGUCAGGCGGCUGAAGCCCCAGGUGGACCACGAGAGAUACAGCUGGCAGGCGCUGCGGCCCCUCUACCUGGACCUGCUGAGGGCUGGCGGGACACGCGAGGACGCACCCAACGCGUGAACGUCCUGGCGAAAGCGACGGGGUCUGGCUUCGGGACGAGCCAGCUAGCUCCAGGAAACGACGGAACACCUCCCGGUUGAGAGACUCCCAAGAUGCUGUCUGCAGGGGCCGAAGAGGAAAAAGCCCUUGGGACGACCAAAGCGGACGGCGCGUCGAGGAAAGGCAUUCGAUGCCAACAAGGUCGUCCCGUUACUCCUGGAGUCUGCGACAGUCAGGACGACGCAGCCUCGCCGCAGCUUUGGAGACUAUGAGUGUGUGCAGUGUUCGGUGCCCCCACCUAGGGACUCGAGGCCUCAAAAAUCGCAGAGUACCACUCCAACGGGUACUCAGAUUGUGCACAUGCAACUGCACAUAAUGUAAAUAAAUGGCUCUUUACAACCUAAAGGCAGAACUCCAA